UUCAUUCUGCCAAUCUGCAAUAUAGGAUUGGGCAUCUUCUUGUCCUCCAUCCUCCCCAUCAUUGACUCAACAGAGCCUCCAAGUGUGAAGCGACAAAAGGUCCGGUUACGGUGGAAGUCCAACUCCGAGCUGGGGGCCCCACUCCCACGGGAAAGAUUGGUGGCUGCUUCGGUUGGACCCAACAUUUUUCAUCAUCACCAUCACCAUCAUCAUCAUCGUCGUCGCCGCUUUUGGUUAUAUAUAUAUAUAUAGAUAUAUAGACAUGUAUAUGUAUAUUCUGAAAGUAUUUUAGGGUUUUUCGAGUGACUGAUGGUUUGGAGAUUUUGAGGGAUUGGUGGAGGGAAAGGGGGAAUUGGAGUUGAUGCGAUAAUGAAUUCGAAGACGCAGUUCUAUCCGGCUCCGACUUAUCGCCCGUUGGAGACCUUUUGGGACUCCGACGACGACGCCCCUGGUCCUCGCUGCGGCCACACUCUCACCGCCGUCACCGCCACCAAAACCCAUGGCCCCCGCCUCAUCCUUUUCGGCGGCGCCACCGCCAUCGAGGGAGGCUCCUCUUCCUCCUCCGUCCCCGGCAUCAGGCUAGCGGGCGUGACGAACUCUAUUCAUUCUUAUGAUGUUCUCACCAGGAAAUGGACCAGACUCCGACCAGCUGGUGAGCCGCCUUCUCCUAGGGCCGCACAUGCUGCUGCUGCAGUUGGAACUAUGGUUGUAUUUCAGGGCGGCAUAGGUCCAGCUGGGCAUUCGACAGAUGAUCUCUACGUGCUUGACUUGGCUAACGACAAAUUCAAGUGGCACAGAGUUGUAGUUCAAGGACAGGGUCCUGGGCCACGAUAUGGCCAUGUGAUGGACUUAGUUUCACAAAGGUACCUUGUUACGGUCAGCGGCAAUGAUGGAAAAAGAGUGCUCUAUGAUGCUUGGGCUCUGGAUACUGCUCAGAAGCCAUAUGCGUGGCAGAGGCUUAAUCCAGAAGGUGAUAGACCUUCUGCUAGAAUGUACGCAACAGGUAGUGCCCGCUCUGAUGGCAUGUUUUUGCUGUGUGGUGGAAGAGACUCCUCAGGAGCACCCCUAGCAGAUGCUUAUGGGCUGCUCAUGCAUAGAAAUGGUCAAUGGGAGUGGACUCUUGCACCUGGGGUGUCACCUUCACCAAGAUACGAACAUGCUGCAGUCUUCGUUGGUGCAAGAUUGCACGUUACAGGAGGUGCUCUUCGAGGAGGACGAGCAGUUGAAGGUGAAGCAGCUAUUGCAGUAUUGGACACUGCAGCUGGGGUUUGGUUGGAUAGAAAUGGAUUGGUGACUUCCUCCCGGACAAACAAGGGACAUACUGAACAUGAUCCAACCUUGGAGGUUAUGCGUCGUUGUCGGCAUGCAGCUGCAUCAGUCGGGGUUCGGAUAUAUAUUUAUGGUGGUCUCAAAGGAGAGAUGCUGUUUGAUGAUCUCCUGGUUGCAGAAAAUUCACCUUUUCAAUCUGAUGCUAAUUCUCCUAUAAUAACUCCUGUGGGGGCCUCACCUUUGUCAAGUCCCAGAUUAAACCAUUCGAAUUUAAGUUUUAGCCCAACACCAACAGAUGGGAGAUCUGAGAUGUCUUCACCCGGUGACAUAAGCCCUGGCAGGAACUCUAUAGAGAAACUUACCGAGGCUUCUGCUGCUGAGGCUGAGGUUGCUACUGCUGUCUGGCAGGCUGUGCAGGCAGCAUCAGGUACUCCUGCAGAGGAAACAUCUGUAUCAGAUGAUAACUCACAAGCUGCAGAGACCACUUCAGAUGGUAGUGACACUGAGGCAGAUGUUCGCCUUCACCCAAGAGCUGUUGUUGUUGCCAAAGAGGCUGUUGGGAAUCUGGGUUUGAUGGUGAGGCAGUUGUCUUUGGAUCAAUUUGAAAAUGAGAGUAGGCGAAUGGUUCCUUUGCAAAAUGAUCUGCCAUAUCCUACCAAAAAGAUUACCAGGCAGAAGUCUCCUGAAGGCUUGUCUAAGAAGAUUAUUUCUACUUUGCUCAGGCCUCGGAACUGGAGAGCUCCUGUUAAUAGGAGGUUUUUUCUAGAUACUUAUGAAGUGGGCGAGCUUUGCUAUGCUGCUGAACAGAUCUUUAGGCAGGAGCCUACAGUUCUUCAAUUGAAAGCUCCUAUCAAAGUGUUUGGUGAUCUUCAUGGACAGUUUGGAGAUUUAAUGCGUCUAUUUGAUGAAUAUGGAUUUCCCUCCACUGCAGGAGACAUAACGUAUAUUGACUAUUUGUUUCUUGGUGAUUAUGUUGAUCGAGGACAGCACAGCUUGGAAACCAUUACAUUGCUCCUUGCACUAAAGAUUGAGUAUCCUGAGAAUGUAUUUUUGAUUCGUGGGAACCAUGAGGCUGCAGAUAUAAAUGCACUUUUUGGUUUUCGAAUUGAAUGCAUUGAGAGAAUGGGAGAGAAUGAUGGGAUCUGGGCAUGGACACGAUUCAAUCAACUUUUUAACCAUCUCCCACUCGCUGCACUCAUUGAGAAGAAAAUAAUCUGUAUGCAUGGUGGCAUCGGGAGAUCAAUACAUUCAGUAGAACAGAUAGAGAAACUUGAAAGACCAAUAACGAUGGAUGCUGGUUCUAUAAUUCUAAUGGAUCUUCUGUGGUCUGAUCCAACAGAAAAUGAUAGUGUAGAGGGAUUGCGACCAAAUGCUAGAGGGCCUGGUCUGGUUACUUUUGGGCCUGAUCGUGUCACAGAUUUCUGCAAGAGAAACAAACUACAACUAAUUAUAAGAGCCCAUGAAUGCGUUAUGGAUGGGUUUGAACGAUUUGCUCAGGGGCAGUUAAUAACCCUUUUUUCUGCAACAAAUUAUUGUGGGACGGCCAAUAAUGCUGGAGCCCUACUGGUGGUUGGCAGAGGAUUGGUUAUCGUUCCAAAGUUGAUUCAUCCCUUGCCACCUCCCCUUCAGUCCCCGGAGACAUCUCCAGAUCGCAUCACAGAUGAUGCCUGGAUGCAGGAGCUUAACAUCCAAAGGCCCCCAACUCCCACCCGAGGUCGCCCACAGCCCAACCUUGAUCGAAACUCACUCGCAUAUAUCUAAGUUUCAUAUUAAAUUAUCUGUGGGUUUGCUACGCGAAACCGGGUUCGAUCCAGGCCUAGCCUAGUUUUUGCUUGAAUUGACAAAGGAAGCGUCAGGGACCCCCCCAGCGCAGAGGAGGAGGAGGAGCAUCACAUCUCAGGUUGUUUGUAUAUUCAUAUAUAUAAUAUACCCCAAGUUUCCAUUAGAGGAGGUUUCUUUGUCUUUGUAUAGACCACAAACAAAACAUAACUUUGAGAAUGGGGUAGAGCUAUAUAUAUAUAUUUAUAUUUAUAUAAUAUAAUAUAAUAUAUAUAUAUACACA